AGAGUGUCGGCGAGGGGAGGCAGUAGAGCGGCCGGGUCUCCUUCCCGGAGCAGCGGAGGAGGCGGCGGCGGGGUCGCCAUGACGUCCGCCUCCACCAAGGUGGGCGAGAUCUUCUCUGCCGCUGGCGCCGCUUUCACCAAGCUGGGCGAGCUGACCAUGCAGCUGCACCCCGUGGCCGACUCCUCGCCAGCCGGGGCCAAAUGGACCGAUGCGGAGAUCUCCCUGCUCCGGGCCUCCGUCCAGCGCUUUGGAGACGACCUAAACCGCAUCAGUGCUCUCAUCAAAGACCGGACUGUGGCCCAGCUGAAAGGGGCGGCCAAGCGGAAGGUCUACGAGGACAGCGGGCUGCCCCUCCCCUCCGAGUCCCCCAAGAAGGGGGCCCGCAAGGGGCAGCCACAAGCCCCCCCCUCCACCCAGGGGGCGGGCGGGCACCCCGACCCCUCGGCUCCCCCUGCGAAGAAGCAGAAGGCAUCUGACGUGACCCUCAGCGCUUUGAACGACUCUGACGCCCACAGCGACCUGGUGGACAUUGAAGGCUUGGGAGACGCCCCCCCUGCCAAGAAGCUGAACUUCGACCAGGACAGCCUGAAUCUGGACUCUGGACUCCUCAUGACCCCUGGCACAGACUUGCCCCUCCUCUCCCGCUGACGGACCGCUUGCCCCUGCCCUCCGGUGGGGGGGCUCCCCCCCCGAUCUUGUGGCCCCCCAUGCAAGCACUGCCACCCCAUGCCAAGGACUGUUUCUCCUCCUCUGGUCCUGCCUCCGGGAAGGGGGUUCGUCCAUCUCAGCUGCUCACCCUCCUCCUGGAUCUUUGCGCCCCCCCCCCUGGGGAGAGGAGAGGUUGAGGAGUUGGGGGGUGCCCCCUCCUUCCCUACCUGGGCGUGCUCACGCUCCACUCCUCACCUGCCCUGUAAUGAUGGAUGUGGCUGCCCUCAGUCCCUGCUGACCCACGGAGGCCCCCUUGACUCCCUCCCUGCACCCCAUGGGGCAGGACUCCUCUGCAAACGGGGGGGGGGGUGCCCUCCUUAGCUUCACCCCACUCCCCUGCAAGAGCGGUUUUGUCCUUUUGUCUGAUGAUGAUGGUAGCAAUAAAAGCGUCCUCCCUUC